AUGGGUAGCGAUAACCAAGUAAACGAGCACACCUACAACGGCUCUGGCACCAACAGCCAGGGCAACCACUACUGUACCCGAGACUACGGCUCCGGUGCUUCCAACAGCAAUACUUAUCACUACUACAACCACACCUACUACAACAAUAGUCAGGGCGAGGCCACCUACAACCCGCCAGCUUCGUCCAGCUCAGGCAGCUCAGGCAGCUCAGGCAGCUCAGGCAGUUCUUUCAAAUCAAACGACCAGAAGUGA